AUGAAUCUCUAAGCAUAGUAAAAAACAAGAAAAUAGUCGAAAGGCUAAAUUUUAGAGAUAUUUGAGUAAAUAAAGCCUACUCAUUAUAUUUAAGACACUGCAAAUGGUGUUUCAACCAAAUCAUUUACAAAGUAAAUAAGAUACCAAAGUCAGAAUCCUAAAAUGAGCAAUUAAAAAGAACUUACUGACUUUCAAAGGACAGAGCUAGAAAAGCAAAAAAGGAAUCAAGAGUAUCUCUUUCAUAUUGGAAAUCAUGCAAGAACUGUCAGUGAUAUUUUGAAGUUUAGAUAUGAUUAAUAUAAACAAACUUUAGGGUAACAAGAGUAGUAGUCAGAAGAGUAAUAAAGAAUGUAGUAUUAAAAUCAAUAAUCUAUAUGGUAAAACUCUACAACUAUGAUAUAAUAAUACUAAUAAUACCACUAAGCAUAAGAAUCAAAUAUCAAGAGAUCUAAUACACUCAGCAAUUUAUAGAGUUAAAAAUCAGGAGUUAAAAUUUGUAAUUCUGCUAGCAAAUAAAGCGAAAAAAAUUAAAAUACAUAAAAGCUUUUAUAUAAGCCAGCUCAAAUACAGUCUUAAAAAGCUAUCUCUUCUAUUUUAGGAAGCGCUGAAUCAAAUAUUUCACCAAUAAAAAAAUCUUAUAAUGAAGAUUUGGCAACUGCAGGAGACACAAGAGAUAACUUUGCAUCUUUAAGUGGAGGAUCUUUAAAAUCAAACCCUAAUAAUUUUUCUUUCUAAGAUAGAAAAUAUGUUAGUGAAAAAGACUAUUUAUCCAUUUAAAGGAACCUUUUUGAUUCUAUAGACACACAAAAGAAUAGUUCUAUUUAAAAUUAACAAUGUUCUUCAAUUGUUCAAUCAAAAAAAGAAUCAGACGAAAUAGAUUUCAAUAAAUAAUCUAAAUUAGAAAAGUAAAAUAAUCAAACUUUUAACAAAGAAGAUAGAUUAUUAUAAUCUCCAGCAUCUUUACAUUUAAAUUAGAAAUCAUAAUCAUAAGAUUACUUGGCAUAAAAAAAUCCUACAUAAUAACAAUAAAUGAGCCCACAUCUUAUUUAACCUAGCCAUUUGCUCUUCGUCGACAGUCAAUAAAAUUAAAAUUAGAUAAAUUAUCCAAACCAAUUUAUAUCAAGCAUUUCAUAAACCUCUGGUUAAUAAAAUUAAACAUAGGAAUAAUUCAAAAUUGAUUAAUUCAAAAACAAUCAAAUAAAUAAUAAUUAAAAGUUUUUGAACUAAAUAAAUUAUUCUUAAUAUAAUUCAAUUCCUUCGCUAGAUAUAAGCUAAGCUUAAAAUAAGGAAGGUAUCAUAAAUACAGAUAUUAAGCCUAUUCAAAAAUAUUAAGAAAAUCUGUAGUCAACCUCAACAAUAGAAACUAAUUAAUUAGCUUAAGCAAAUAAAAUUACUGAAUCAAAAUUUACAAAUUUUGCUAAAAGUAAUGAUUAGUCAUAAAUGCAAUCAGCCUCUGAUAUAUAUUCAUUUAAUUAGCCAUAUAGUACUAGCUAGAUAAGUUCCCAAAUUCUCUCUACUGAAAGGUAAUUCAAAAUAAAGCUGACUAAAAUUACAAAGGAUUCUUAGAUUUCGGAAGAAUAUCAGAUAAAUAAAUCUCCUUCAUCUUUUACUUAAUUAGAAAAUAAGUAAGACCUUUUAAUCAAAUUCGCUGAAGCAAGAAAAUAAGAGCAUUUAAAUAAUUUAUAUGAUGAUGCUUAAUCAGAUUUUUCUAAAACUCCUUAGACAAACAAAUCUGAGGUAAUUAAAAGGUUUAAAGCUUCUCAAAUUUUUGAUUAAAAUUAAUCAUAAGCAAAUAGUAAGCCAAGUUAGAAUAAGUCUUCAUAAAUAUAUUACAAUAAUAAUAGCUAGUAUGAUUUUGCAAAUAGUGUCAAAGAAAUAAAUAAUGAACACAAGUACACAAAUUUAAUGUCAUCCGCUUAACAAUAAAACUUAUCACACUAAAUACCCACCUUAAGUGGAAUGGGAAGAAUUAACAAUUUUAUUAGAAAAUCUUAAGAAGGAAACAAAUAAAGCAACUAUUUUACUCAAAUUUCAGAUUCAUAAAUUUAGAAUGCCGGAAAUGUUACAAAGUAAUCAGCAUCUUUUAAUCCAAACUAUCACUUACUAGAAAGCUAUACUAAUAGUUUAGUUAAACAAAAUAAUAAUGAAACUUUAAACCCUCUUAAUACUUAAAAUUAAAUAAAGAAUCUGAUCGAUUAUAAUAGCCCCAAAUAGAAUAUUUAAAAUAUCUAAGCAUCUGGACUUUAUAAUCAGAGUUCAUUCUAAUAAGAAACAAAAUCUAGUCUUAGUAUGAUAAAAAAUAUUUUUGAGAGCACCCUAAACAACUAAGAAAAUCCAUCAAAUUAGAAUUUAAUUUCUUCAUCUCCCAAGAAUUUAGAAUUAAAUAUUAUUCUGAGUAAGUAUUAAUCCAACAAAGAAAAAUAAAAUUUAAGAUAAAGUUCAUAAUUCUAGUAAUAAACACCUUCUAUAUAGUUGGAAACAAAGAACUCUUUCGCCAAAAGCAUUGACUAACACUUUUCAUAACAGAAUACACGUUUAUCAAAUACAUUAGCUGAAUUAAACUAAAGUAGUUAGGUGAAAAAUAGCCUCACAGUUCUUGAAAACUAAAAAAUUUAGCAAAUUAUGGAUGAUAUUUAAGCCAAAAUAUCUUUAAAAAAAUCAUAAUCUUUAGAAUAAUCUGGUAUCGCUAUGUAAUCAUCUUCAAAUAAAUUUUCAUAAUACUUCGAAAAGAAAACUUCAAACUCAUAAGUUAUUGAUAACGGCAUGAAUGAGUAAAAUGGUUUAAUAGUUAGUUUUGCAAAUAAUUCUCUAGUAGGUUAAUCUACAAUUGAAUCCUCAAAAAAUAUUGCAAAUUAAAUGAAUUACUAUAUAAAUUCAGCAAGUUAAAUUGUGAUUGAUGAAGCAUACAAUAAAUAAAAAAUAGAAAAAAAUCCUGUAUCUGCUUAGUUUAUUUUGUAAGAUAAUCAAACUGCGACAUCGUAAACUGACUCAAAAAAAGAUAUAGAAAAUCCAACUUCAUAAAACAAUUAUAAUUUAACUUUAGAAGGUGAAUAAAAUUAAAGCGAUAACCCUCCAUCUGAAAGAAAAAAAAUGCAUGCAGACUUCUCUUCAGAUAAAUCCUAAAAAGGUGAGCAAGAUAAAACUUUCGACUCAGAAAAUAGAGAUGAAAUGAGUAUAAAAUAAACAACUUAGUUCGAAAAGAAGGCAGAAACUUUAUCAAAUACUUACGAUAUGUCUUAGUUGUUAUGCUAAACUCCUUUAUAAUAGCAUGGAUAGCAUAUUAGAUUAAUGAGUGGAGGCAACAUGGAACAUCUUACAUUAAAUAACUCAAUAUAAUCUACUUUCCCAUUUGAAUAAAUUCAAAGUAAUCAAACAACAAGUUAUAAUAAUUACAGUAAUUUUACAACUUCAAACAACUUACAAAGUGCUAACAAUCACUAAUCUAAAAAUUAAGAAGUUGGUUUAAAUUUAUAAAAUUCUUUUGAUAAUGGUGAGCAGAAUAUUUAAAUUUAAGUAAAAAGCUCUUAAAUUACCAGACAAUCUCAAGAAAAAAGAGAAUAAUAAAAUCCAGAAUUAGAAUUAGAGAAGAAGAGUUCUAAAGAGAUUGGAAGAUCAUAAGAUUCAAAUUUGAACACACCUCAAAAGUGUUCAGAAAAUCUAUAAUAAUUAUUGAAUGAUAAUUAAUAAUCUAAAUAUAAUACUCCUUAAACUAUUGUAUCAGCUUAACCUAAUGAGUUAGAAAACCAAAAUAUUUAUGAAGACCAAGAGGUCUAAUAUGUUUAAACUGCUACUCAUAAUCAAGAAAGAGAAUUGUAAGAAUAUGAUAAGUAGAACUUCACUAAUCCAGAGUUAUUAAAUUAAAGCAAAUAAUUAUAAGAAUCAUAAAAUAGAGAUCUAUAAGUUUAAGCUGCUCAUCAUAACAAAGAAAAAGAGUUGUAAGAAUAUAAUAAUUAAAACAUUGCUAAUAUAGAGUAGCUUAAUAAAAGCAAAUAAUUAUAAGAAUCAUAAAAAGGUGAUUAAAAUUAAUAAGAAAAUAGCAUGCUUUAGGGAUAAAUAGGCGAAAAUGAAAAUGAGAAAUAAAAAAAUAUUUAAAAGAACAUUAAUCAUGUUAGAUUUAAUAACCUUGUAAAGUAGAUGUAAGAAAAUUCACCAUGCCAUAACUUAGGAUAUUAUCAUUAUGAAACAAUAAAUAUUGAUGGAAAAAUCUUAAAAGAUGUUUAUUAGCAAACAGAUAACAUAGAAAAGAAAGAGAUAUCUGUGUAAACAAUCGAAUAGUCUAAAAGAAAUUCUAUUUUUGAUGAAUGCACAAAACUAUUUUCUCCUAAAAUGAAAUUUAUUGAACCCGAGUUUAAAGAUAAUGAAUGCAUGAUGCUUAAUAUGUCAAAUAAUUCUUCUUAAUAUGAUCAUAAAGAUUCAAUAAAAGAAUAGCAUGAAGGUGGUUUUAAUUAUGAUUAAAACUAGUAAAAAAAUUUAAGAAAAUCAGAUUUCUUCAAAUAGUAACCUAAUUAGUAAUAGCAACAAUAAACUUCUUCAAACGGAAAUCACGAAACAGGUAUAAUUAAUUCUUCAUUGUAUAACUCACAAAAGUUGGCUAGCGAUAAUGAAGAAGUCAUUAAAAGGUAAUAUUAAAUUUAUGAUAAGAUAUUUGAUGCUGGAGAACUCCCUGUUGUAGACUGCACAGAGUAAGAUAACAUUUUUAAAGAGUGGUAUUAGUCUGAUCAAAGUAAUUUUAAAAACAGAAGAUACUCUAACUAAAUUAGUGACUCUGAGAAAAAAAAUAUACAACAAUAAAUAGAUAACAUAGUUAAUAAGAGAGCUUAUAAAAAUUAAUAAGCCUUGAUGAACCAACAAAAAAAUUCUCAGAGCAAUUAACCUUAAAUUGGUAAAAAUAAGAGCAAAUAGUAAACAAAAGUCCCCAAUAAAUAAAAUCAAAAGUCUAUAAAAUUCAACAAUAAAAUAGAGACAAGAAACAUACCAAAAAAUUCUAAACAGAAAAACUCAGCUAUUCCAGGAAAUAACACAGAAAGAGUUUUUGAGAGAUUAUACCCAAAGCAAGUAAAAUAGUAACAAGAAUAAAUUUUUGAAAUAAAGAAAGAUACCUCAAAGAGUAAAAGUAAAGGAAGAGCAACUUCAUAAUUUAAAACUCAAGAAGAAAUGGAUUUCAUAAAAAUUAAUAAGUAAAAAGUACCAUAUAUGAUGAGAAAAAAAGUGGAGGACAAGUUCUAACUAUUUAAAAAGGCAGUAGAAGUUAAUUUAGAAAACAUGAUUUAAGAUUAGAAAUCUCAUUAGAUAAAGAGUAUAGUUUUAGAUGAUGAAAUCAAAGACUAAGACAAUCUAUAAGAGAUAUAUUAAAGAAGUCUUUCCAACAGAACUUAAAAAAAUUUAGUUUCUUACGACUCUUAAACUAUGACCAAUCUAGCAAGGUAUAAUCCUUCAUAUAAUCCAUGA